AUGCACCCUCACGCGGUACAUGCCCAUCCCCACCAAGUUGGGGUGGGCAACCUCGCAUUGGACGACGACCUCUACUUCAAUCAGGAGUACUUUGACCCUGGGACAAAUAAUCAAGCCGAUCUGUAUGGGCAAAUGGACCUACCCGGGUUCUCGCCACGACUGGCGCGACUGUCCGGCGGCAGCAGCGGGUUCUCGCUCUCGGGCGGCAUGAGCGGCUUUCUGGGCUCGGGCGGCAGCAACGAGCUCUGGUCCCUCGGCUCUGGCGCAGCACAGCAGCAGCAGCAACAGCAACAACAGUACAACGUCGGCGCGGGAAUGGGCAACGGCAGCGGCGGCAUGAUGAUGGGCGGCUACCCCGGCCACAUGCAACCGUCGAUGCCCUCGCAGGUCGGCACCCAGGGCACCGUGGUGAUGGGCCAUCAGGUCCCUCCGCCACUGGUGCACCACAACGUGACCUCGACCCCAUCGCCCGGGACCGACGGCGAGCAUCGCGACAGUGACCCGGGUCCGUGCUGUUCGGGUCCGGUGAUGGUGUCGCUCUACCACCGCACGCGCACGGCCAAGGGCUGGUCGCUCAUCAGCGCCAACGACGAAGUGCGCGUCACCAAGGACCGCGGCAAGGUCAUCAAGCUGAGGGCCGAGUGCAAGUGCGCGUUCGCCAAGGAGGACAUCGAGGUGGAUCUGAUCGAUCUGAAGGCCGUGCGCGCCGACAACACCAAGGACGGCAUCCAAGUGGUGUCCAUGUCCAUGCCCCAGCAGGUCACCCUGCCCAACGGCGAGCAGGUCACCGGCAUCGACAUCGAGGUCAAGCUAUCCAAGAUCUGCAAGCUGCUGCAGUUCCGGGUGGCGAUCAACAGCGGCAACUACUGCGCCUGCGUGGGCACGUCGGUCGAGUUCACCACUCACAACAGCGGCACCAAGCCCGUCACCGCGUCCAAGUCCUCGCCCACCUCCUCCUCGCAGCGCGUGCCCACCGCGCCCGGCCAGUCGCCCGCCGGCGCCGCCUCGUCGUCGUCGUCGUCGACCCCGCCACGGCCCCAGUUCGUGCCCGGCGCCCGGGCCUUCCCGGCCACGCCGCCUCCGCCGCCGCCCAAGCAGCAGCUCCACCACUCGCAGCAGGGCUUCCAGCCCGAGCCCCGGCCGGUCCCCCAGGCGCCGUCGUCCCAGCAGCACCACCAGCAGCACCCGUAUCAGCAGAUGCAGCAGAAGCCGCAGCAGCAGCAGCAGCAGCAGCAGUACCACCAGCAGCCGCCGAUCGGCGCGAGCGGGCUCACGCACUCGUCGUCGCCGUCGAGCUACAGCAGCCCGAUGUCGGACUACAUGCAAAUGACGGACAUGUCGGGGGCCAAGAAGCGGAAGAUCGAGGAGUCGGCCGUGGUGCCGCCGGAGCUGAUGAACGCCGUGGCGAGCCGCGGCCGGGGCGAGACGGUGGUGGUCAACGGCGGGCUGGACGUCGAGGGCAUCGUGCGGGCUGACGCCUUCCUGCAGUACUCGGACGUGCGGCUCAAGACCGAGAUCGAGGACAUCGUCGACGCGCUCGACAUCAUCGCCCAGAUCGACGGCCACCGGUACCGCUGGAAGGCCGACAACCCCAAGUUCCCCGAGCGCGGCGGCGAGAUGGCGAUCGGCCUCAUCGCUCAGGAGGUCCAAAAAGUGUUACCCGAGGCGGUGGUGGUGGACGAGGAGGGCUAUCUGUCGGUGGCCUACGCCGAGCUCAUCCCGGUGCUGAUCGCGGCGUUCAAGCAGCACCUCGAGAGCUACCAGAACAACAAGGAGGAGUUCAAGAAGGAGUUCGAGGCCAUCCGCGGCGAGCUCAGGGACAAGAGCAACCGCCUGAGCACCAAGGAAGAGCUCAACAUACUCACCCGGCAGAUGAACUGUCUCAUCACCACUGUAAAUAACCACAAGAACAAUCAGGACAUAGAGAAGGGCGAACCGCACGUGCGGGCCGAGGCGGAAAGAAAGAAGAAGCGACGGAGGAGGCUCCUGAUUGGCGGCGCGAUCCUGCUCGGCCUCCUGCUGCUCGUGGUGGUGGUCAUCUGCAUCGUCGUGCCGGUGGCCGUCCUCGCCGGCGGCUCGUCAUCAUCGAGCUCCAACGGCAACGCCAAUGGAAACAAGAAUGGCAACAGCGCGGCUCGAUCACUACGGGCCUAUUCAGACCAGGGCGGGACCGGCUGGAGCGAGGCCGUCACGCAGCACGACCGAGGGGAGAGAGGCGGAGGGAUCGGCACCACCGCAGCAUCGGCUUCGACAACAGCACCAACAGCAGGGUCGACGGCCAGUGAGCGGCGGAGUAAAGAGCCGGCGGUGCGGUGGACGGCGGGCAGAUGA